AUUGGGUCCUGUUAGCACAUCAAAAGAAGAAAAUAUGUCGGCUGAUGAAGAAGUCAUCAUUAUUCCUGUUGAAGAUAUACUCAGUAUCAAGUAUACUUCGGAUAUAAAAAAACAUGUUAAAGCACAAACGGGUAUGCAUAAAGGAUGUUCAAAUAAAAUGACCUAUGUGUUUGGCCAUGAUUUCGUGCCUUAG